AUGUCUCAGCUGUACUACCGGCGGACAGACAGCUCCUCGUACCGGGACCGUAUCCCUCUGCGGAUCGUCCGGUCUGAGUCGGAGCUGUCUUCCCUGGAGAAGGCCUAUCUGGGAACCGUGGAGAAGGGAGACUACGGCAGCGUCAAACAGGCUCUGGAGGAGGCUGAGAUCUACUUCAAGAUCAACAUUAACUGUAUAGACCCGUUAGGCCGCACAGCUCUGCUGAUCGCCAUAGAGAAUGAGAACCUGGAGAUCAUAGAACUACUGCUGAGCUUUAACGUGUAUGUCGGUGACGCUCUGCUGCACGCCAUCCGCAAAGAGGUGGUGGGGGCCGUGGAACUGCUUCUCAACCACAAGAAAUCCAGCGGAGGCAUGCAGGUUCCUCCGAUCCUAUUGGACAAGCAGUUCUCUGACUUCACUCCUGACAUCACCCCCAUCAUUCUGGCAGCUCACACCAACAACUAUGAGAUCAUCAAACUACUGGUGCAGAAAGGAGUGGCUGUUCCACAACCACACGAGGUGCGUUGUAACUGUGUGGAGUGUGUGUCCAGCUCGGAUGUGGACAGCCUUCGCCACUCCCGAUCCCGUCUCAACAUCUACCGAGCCCUGUCCAGCCCUUCCCUCAUCGCUCUCUCCAGUGAAGACCCUUUCCUCACAGCAUUCAGACUGAGCUGGGAACUACAGGAGCUUAGCAAGGUGGAGAAUGAAUUUAAGUCGGAGUAUGAGGAGUUAUCCCAACAGUGUAAGCAGUUUGCUAAAGACCUUCUGGAUCAGACCAGGAGCUCCAGAGAGCUGGAGAUGAUCCUGAACUACAGAGAUGACAUUAACCUGCUGGAGGAGGAGGGAAACAACGACCUGGCUAGACUCAAACUGGCUAUUAAAUACCACCAGAAAGAGUUUGUAGCACAGCCCAACUGUCAGCAGCUGCUGGCAUCUCGCUGGUACGAUGAGUUCCCAGGCUGGAGACGUCGUCACUGGGGAGGGAAGUUCCUCACCUGUGUCUUCCUCAGCCUCCUCUUCCCUGUCUUCUCCCUCUGCUACCUCAUAGCCCCGAAGAGCCGCUAUGGACUUUUCAUCAGGCAACCCUUCAUCAAGUUUAUCUGCCACACAGCAUCCUACCUCACCUUUCUGUUCCUGCUCCUGCUGGCAUCACAGCAUAUAGUGACUACAGAACCGGACAGACAGGGGCCAGCACCUACUACUGUAGAAUGGAUGAUACUGCCCUGGGUACUGGGUUUUAUCUGGACAGAGAUCAAACAGAUGUGGGAUGGAGGAUUCCAGGACUAUAUACAUGACUGGUGGAACCUCAUGGACUUCGUAAUGAACUCUCUGUACCUGGCUACUAUAUCACUGAAGAUAGUGGCCUAUACCAGGUACAGUGGCUGUAAGCCCAGGAACCAGUGGGAGAUGUGGCAUCCCACCCUGGUAGCUGAGGCUGUGUUUGCCAUUGCCAACAUCUUCAGUUCCCUUCGUCUCAUCUCCCUGUUCACAGCCAACUCCCACCUGGGACCGCUACAGAUCUCAUUGGGAAGGAUGCUCCUGGACAUCCUCAAGUUCCUCUUCAUCUACUGUCUGGUGUUGCUGGCGUUCGCCAACGGGCUGAACCAGCUCUACUUCUACUACGAGACAAAGGCCUCCGACGAGAAGGGCAAGUGUAAAGGCAUCCGCUGUGUCGAGCAAAACAACGCUUUCUCCACGUUGUUUGAGACGCUCCAGUCUCUGUUCUGGUCUAUCUUCGGUCUGAUCAGUCUGUAUGUGACUAACGUAGAUGCUGACCAUCAGUUUACAGAGUUUGUAGGGGCAACCAUGUUUGGAACCUACAAUAUAAUCUCUCUGGUGGUUCUACUAAACAUGCUGAUCGCCAUGAUGAACAAUUCCUAUCAACACAUCGCUGACCAUGCAGACAUUGAGUGGAAGUUUGCAAGGACCAAGCUGUGGAUGAGUUACUUUGAAGAGGGGGGUACUCUACCUUCUCCCUUCAAUAUCGUACCCAGCCCCAAGGCAGUGUGGUACCUGGUGUGUUGGACCAAUAGACAUGUCUGUAAGAGGACCCACUCCAAACCAACUGAUACCUUCGGCACUCUGGGGACGAGAGCAGCAGAGAACCUGAGGAGAAACCGCCAGUACCAGGAGGUGUUGAGGAACCUGGUGAAGCGAUAUGUAGCAGCCAUGAUCAGAGACGCUAAAACAGAGGAGGGGCUGACUGAAGAGAACUUUAAGGAGCUGAAGCAGGACAUCUCUAGUUUCCGUUACGAGGUGAUGGGGAUGAUGAAGACAGGUAAACCUGGUCUGGGUGGUCCGGGGGUUGUUGUUGGGGGUGGUUCGGGCGGGGCUGGGGUUGGUGGAGGGCAGUCCUGCCUAGCCUAUGCCGACCGGUCCCUUAAAGUCCCCACCACCCCCACACCCAUUGGCCAGCUGAAGAACAAGAAGACACUGUUCACCGUAACCGCCUCCAUCAUCCAGCAGGGUGGCGCCACAGCCUCCUCUCCUCGGCUCCCAGACGCACUUGCCUUCAACGGGCUGGGCCUGGCUAACGGCCUGCCCCCCCUGCCCGCAGAUGGUGGUUCCUCUGGAAGCUCCAGAGACAAGCAGGGUCAGAGGAAAGACUUCCCCAGGGACAUCACUGAUUUUGGGCUGUUCCAGAAACGCCAGAGGGGUGGAGCUGGAGCUACUGGGGUUGGGAAUAUAUACUCUGUGUCCGAGGAGAUGGGGGAGACAGGGGAAUCGGAUGGGGAGGAACGGAAGGGGGAGGCAGGGGGUGAGGAGGGCAAGGGACUGGAUCCUGCUGCCUCCUUGGUGGACAUCAUCACCUGUCUUUAG